AUGGGUCUCGCCGACUUUUUCUCCGACGUCAUCUCCUCCUUCGGCUUCCCCGAGGCUCAGGCUGAGGCUCCCGCCGAGGCCGUCGAGCAGACCACCAGCCAGGAGGCCGAGCCCGAAGAGAAGCCCGCCGUGACCGAGGAGGAGGCCACCCCCGCCAGCGAAGAGACCUCCGAGGAGUCUGCUGCUGAGGAGACCCCCGCUGAGGAGGCCUCCGAGGAAGAGGAGCAGCAGGAGGAAGAAGAGGAGGAAGAGGAAGAGGAGGAGGAGGAGGAGGAGGAGGAGCCUGAGGACAUCAAGCCCCAGCUGGAGGAGGAGUGUGCCAACUCCGCCCAGUGCGCCCCCUACAAGCACCACUACGAUGAGUGCGUCGAGCGUGUAACCCGGCAGCAGGAGGACGAGGACUACAAGGGUCCCAAGGAGGACUGCAUUGAGGAGUUCUUCCACCUCACCCACUGCGCUACCCAGUGCGCCGCUCCCAAGCUCUGGAAGUCCCUCAAAUAAACGGGUCUCCUCAAAAACCCGCCAACUUCUCCUUUCGCGGUUGCCGUAAUGACAAUGACAAUGAACCAAUGGGUUGGAUCCAACCAGGAAACGUCCUUCCGCAACUAGUCUUAGGGGAAGUCCUACGAAAGUUAUUGAUGGCGGUCUGCCGAUGACGCAUUGCAUUGUCUUGGUCUCGGCACCCCUACGUGUUGUCGCGGUCGACGAUGAUGUAUGUUAGAUGAAGGACGGGGGAGGUCGGGCUGCGCCUUCAACUGUGUAUGUACAGAUAGCUGGUCUCUGCCUGUUUGAAACUGUGCUUUCUUAUUUUUCCCUUUUUAUAUCGUUUCCUUGGGUUUUUAUUAGAUGAAUAUUAUUUUUGGACUAG